AUGGCAACGGAAGACAAAGAAUUCGGAAUCGUUAGAACCGAUGCUUCAAAACUAUCUGACAAGAUAGAAGAACAAAACAAUAUUCUCUCCAAAGGAUCAGUUGAUGAUUAUUUGUAUGAGAAACGACCAUGGUGGAAAGUAAAUUACUUAGUACGUUUGAACUUCUGUAUAUUUUUAAUCACUCUUACUUCUACUAAUAAUGGCUAUGAUGGUUCUAUGUUGAACGGUUUGCAAUCAGUUCUGUAUUGGCCAGAGAAGAUGGGUAAUCCACAAGGUAGCGUUUUAGGUGCAUUAUCCAACGGAAAUGUUUUCGGUGUUGUGCUAUCGUUUGUGUGUGCAUCCUGGUUGGCUGACAAGUUCGGCAGAUGGCGGUGUAUUUUUUUUGGGCAGACUAUUACUAUCCUUGGUUCUAUUUUACAAGGCGUUUCAACAAAUUAUGGAUUCUUCUUGGCUUCCCGAAUCAUUCUUGGUUUUGGAGUGGGUGUUGCAACUGUUUCUAGUCCUUCAUUAAUCUCUGAAUUAGCAUACCCAACACACAGGGCUACAGCUACAACAUUUUAUAACGUCUGUUGGUAUUUAGGAGCAAUAAUUGCUGCCUGGGUUACAUACGGAACAUUAAACAUCGAAAAUGAUUAUAGUUGGAGAAUUCCAUCUUAUUUACAAGCUGCCCUCCCAUUCCUCCAAAUUGCAUUCUUUUGGAUGGUCCCUGAAUCUCCUCGUUACUUAAUCGAUAAAGAUAGAAUCUCUGAUGCUGAAAAGGUCUUGAGAAAGGUUCACGCAGGCGGUGAAACUCAUGAAAGAGCAAACGCUUUGGUUAGUUUUGAAAUCGAAGAGAUCCGAGCAGCACUCGAGUUAGAAAAAUUAUCCUCUAACUCUAGAUAUUCUGAUUUUAUCACCAUGUCAACAUUUAGAAAACGAUUAUUUUUGGCAGUUUUUGUUGCGGUUAUCAUGCAAUUAUCUGGUAAUGGCUUGGUUUCUUAUUAUCUUAAUAAAGUUUUGAAUUCUAUUGGUAUUACUGAUCCCCAUGAACAAUUGAAAAUUAACGGUUGUUUAAUGAUUUAUAAUCUCGUCAUCUCGUCGGUUGUUGCUUCUGUUGCCGGUAGAUUUAAAAGGAGAACAAUGUUCUUAAUAUGUACAAUAUUGAUGUUGGUUUUCUAUGUGAUUUGGACGAUAUUGUCUGCAAUCAACCAACAACGUAAUUUCGAAGAAAAAUCAUUAGGUAAUGGCGUUAUUGCUAUGAUUUUUUUCUACUACUUGGCUUAUGAUAUUGGUGCUAACGGCGUACCCUUCUUGUACAUUACCGAAAUCAUGCCUUACAGCCAUAGAGCAAAGGGCAUGAAUAUUUUCACUGUGAGCCAAAAUAUUAUUAUUAUCUUUAAUGGCUUCGUUAAUCCUAUUGCCAUGGAUGCCAUCGAAUGGAAAUACUAUAUUGUCUAUUGCUGUAUUCUUGUGGUGGAAGUUAUUACUGUUUUCUUUACGUUCGUCGAAACUUCUGGUUACACUUUGGAAGAAGUAGCCAAAGUCUUUGGUGAUGAUCCAGGCCAAAUCUUGAUCCACCUUUCAUCUGCACCUCCAAAGCCAGAAGUUGGGCACAUAGAAACUGUUUAA